ACCUCAUCGCCGCCUUUCGCAUCCGCAUCCACACAACCAAGUUUUGAAAUACUUCAUCUCCUCUGAGAACGUUCUUCAGGAUCUCUGGAAACGGAAAUUGAUCUUAAAAGAAGAGUGAGAAAAUGUAUGACCUUUUGGAAAUUCCGGAUGACGUCCAAAAAGUUUGCAGAGGGGCGUCGGGGGAGAGCGAGCGAUGCAGUGAAGGAGGAGCGAAACGCCUGAAGUUGACACUCACCAGGAGGAGGCGGAGGAUGCAGUCGGGCGCCCAGCAGCAGCCGCCGCCGGCCCUCAGCGCGGUCCGGCCCUACAACCCCACCAAUGGGAAGGAGGAGGAGGUGAACACAGACGCCGAGUCGGUGGCGGAGGAGGCGGAGUUCAGCUGGGAGGAGUACAUGGAGGAGACGGGGGCGAACGCCGCGCCGCACACCACCUUCAAACACGUGGAGCUCAGCCUGCAGAGCAGCUUCCAGCCCGGCAUGAAGCUGGAGGUGGCCAACAAGGGCAGCGCGGACACGUACUGGGUGGCCACCAUCAUCACCACGUGCGGCCAGCUGCUGCUGCUGCGCUUCAGCGGCUACGGCGACGACCGCAAGGCCGACUUCUGGUGCGACGUCAUGACGGCCGACCUGCACCCGGUGGGAUGGUGCGCGCAGAACGACAAGACCCUCAUGCCCCCCGAAGAUAACACUUACCUAAGAAAAGCCAUCAAGGAGAAACACAGCGACUGGACAGAGUUCCUCGUCCAGGACCUGACCGGCUCCAGGACGGCGCCGGCAAACCUGCUGGAGGGGCCUCUGCGGGGGAAGAACAAGGUGGACCUGAUCGUCGAGGGCGCGGUCCUGGAGCUCCAGGACGCCGCCGACCCUCUCCUGUACUGGCCCGUCCGCGUCGUCCGGAACGUCGGCGGGAGGCUCCGCCUGCGCUGCGCCGGCCUCUCCGAGGAGCGGCAGGCCCGGGACACCUGGACGUUCUACCUGGACGUCCGACUCCGCCCCCUCGGCUGGGCCCUGGAGAACAAGCUCUCCUUGGGACCGCCCACAGAUCUGAAGUCUCUGAACAGCGCCGCCGACUGGCAGCAGGCUCUGGAGGAGGCGCGGCUCGACGGGCAGAAGAGUCCGCUGCCGCUCGAGGUGUUCAAGGACCACGUGGACCGGCCCGCGCACGCCUUCCGGACGGGCAUGAAGCUGGAGAUGGUGUCGCCGUGGGAGCCGCUGAAGAUCUGCCCCGUCUCCGUCGCCAAGGUCCACGACGAGACCUACUUCCAGGCGGCGCUGGUCGACCUCUCCGUUGACGCCAAGCCGCGCUCCGUGCUGUGCCACGCCGGCUCGCCGGGCAUCCUGCCCGUGCAGUGGUGCCUGAAGAACGGCGUGGGCCUGGAGCGGCCGCCGGGCCACGAGGGCCACGACUUCGACUGGGCCGACUACCUGAAGCAGUGCGGCGCCGAGGCGGCGCCCGACGCCUGCUUCCCCGACACAUGGCAGAACAGAGGCUUUGCCAAGGACAUGUGGCUGGAGGCGGUCAACCCUCGCCGGCCGUCGGAGGUGUGUGUGGCUCAGGUCACGCAGGUCAGAGGACGCCUGCUGUGGCUCCGACUGGAAGGUGUGGCGAAGCCCCUGUCCGAGUGCAUCGUGGACGUGGAGUCCACGGACAUCUUCCCCGUCGGCUGGUGCGAGGCCAACGCUUAUCCUCUGACCCCGCCUCUCAAACCAGUCUGCCAGAAGCAGAAGAAGAUCGCUGUGGUUCAGCCCGAGAAACAGUCGGCUCCGUCGCAGCCGGUGGAGACGACUCCCGUCAACCACUGCCAGCCCGUCGCCAUGGAUCCAGGCUCGGCCAAUGGCAGAUACUGCUGCUCCAAGAUUUUUGUCAACCACCGCUGCUUCUCAGGACCCUACCUCAACAAGGGACGCAUCGCCGAGCUGCCGCAGGCCGUGGGGCCCGGGAAGUGCGCGCUGGUCCUCAAGGAGCUGCUCAACAUGCUGAUCAACGCCGCCUACAAGCCCGGACGGGUCCUGAAGGAGCUGCAGGAGCUGGAGGACCCGAGCUGGGAAUGUCAGGAGGAGACGCUCAAAGCCAAGUAUAAAGGGAAAACCUACCGCUCCACCAUCCGGAUCGUCCGCCUGGCCGACCAGAUCCCGGACUUCUGCCGGAAGGUGUGCGUGAAGCUGCAGUGCUGCCCGAACCUCCUCAGCCCCGCCCUCAUCGCCGACAAGUGCCCACAGAACUGCUCGGUUCAGACCAAAACCAAAUACACUUAUUACUACGGGAAGAAGAGGAAGCUGUCCAAGCCGGCGGGCGGCGAGGAGCCGGCGGAGGGCGAGCUGGCCAAGCCGACGCGCCGCAGGAAGAAGAGGAAAGCCAUCUUUGUGCAGAAGAAGAGACGAUCGUCGGCCGUGGACUACACUCCCGCCGGCUCGCCGCAGGACAGCGACGAGGGAGAAGAGGACGACGACGAGAUGCAGUCGGGCAGCGAGGGCAACAGCUCGGAGCCGCGCGAGGACCACACCGACGCGUCCUCGGUGGAGGCGGCCGGCGGCGGGCGCCCUCGCCGGGCCGCGGCACUGCACAGGGCCGUCAGCGCGGGGAACGCCGCGGCGGGCGGCCGGGACGCCCCCGUGGGCCGCAGGAGGUCGACCCGCUCGCUGUCGGCGCACUGCCAGAACAAGAACAAGUACCAGCCGCCGCAGGGACAAGACGUGCAGAUGGAGGAGGACGAGGGUCAGCUGGUUCUGGACAGGAACCCUCUGGAGUGGAGCGUCGACGAAGUCGUUCAGUUCAUCAACUCUACCGACUGUGCGUCGCUGGCCAACAUCUUCCAGGAGCAGGACAUCGACGGCCAGGCGCUGCUGCUGCUGACGCUGCCCACGGUGCAGGAGUGCAUGGACCUGAAGCUCGGCCCCGCCAUCAAGCUGUGUCACCAGAUCGAGCGCGUCAAGGUCGCCUUCUACCGACAGUUCGCCAACUGAGCGCCGGGCGGCGGCGGCGGGACAGGACAGGAGAGGAACGGCGAGAAGGAAAAGGAGUCCAGAAGGAGCCCGGCCGAGUUCGUGGAUUAUUUGAGCCCAGAGGUUGUUUUUUUGUGGAUUUCCAACUUGCAAGAAGAAGGAAUAUGUAUAUGUUUUGGGGAGCGGUUGCACUGGAAGAGCAGAGAAUCAAGGAGGGAUUAUUGCCUGUACGGGGAGCUGGAAGGAUUAAUGUCCAGGGUACUACUGAUGUGAAAAUGUGACGCCCGCGACCCACGCGAACGACAAAGCUGAAUGCGUCGGAGAAGAUCCGAGCGUCUCACCGACCUGUGAAGAAGCCGACGACUCGUCGCCGAAGACUUUCACUUUUUAUCUCUUUACUUUUCAUUCCCGCGUUGUUUCGCGAUAGAGGAGCAAUUCAUAGCGUUUAAGUUAAUUAUUUGACCACAAAGACUCUUUUUUUUUCUCUCUCCCCACGUUUUGUGACAUAAUUGGUUCUGAAGAAGAAGAAGAUAAAAAAAAGGAUAUUUGAGCAAAGUAUUUAACGAAGCCGAGAAGUAAUAUAUUCCUAAUAUUUAUUGUGACCCUAAUUUAAAAAGGAGUGAAGCUCAACUCUUGAGGAUGAAUUCGACAGGCUUUUCGUUUAGAUUCACACCUCCAGUUUCUGCUCAAAGACGAGGAGGGAGAAGAAGAAGAAGAAGAAGAAGAAGAAGAAGGAAAAAAAAAAGGUGUCCCACGUGUUGCCUGAGAGAAAAACUCAGUCGUGCUUCUCUCCUCCUCGUCCUCCUCGUUACAAUCACCCGGAAACAAUCAUGGAAGAAGCUAUUUUGUGUCCCAUCUAUGCAAAGGCGUCGCAGAUAUUUUUGAUAAGUCAGACAAAUAAAUUUCUAUCGAUUUUUAAAAAUCUC